CUACAGCUGUUUCAUGGAUGUUCGACAUUAACAGUAACUCACACCACCCUGUCACUCAGUGUUUUACUGUAAAUCUGUGUUUCUGUUUCUCAGCUCCAGUAUCAGCUCCAGUAAUCAGAAAUCAAAGAGGAAAGCGAAGCGUGUCUUCUACAGAGCCGUGUUUCCUCCUGUGCUCUGUGGAGAAUGGAGAAGAUGUGAAGUUAUCCUGGUACAGAGAGAAUGAGAGAAUCUCCAUCACCAAUAACACAGAUCUCAGUGUUCCCCUCAAUCUCACACUUCAGAUACAACACCCAGAGAAUAACAGGAACUCUUAUAUCUGUGUGUCUGCAAACCCUGCCAUCAAUAAAACAACUUCUCUCAACAUCGCACAGCUCUGUUAUUAUAACUCAGAACAAACUGAUCGUUCCCGUUCACUGCUUCCUGCCCUGAUAUCUGCUGGACUUCUGGGGUUAUUAAUCAUAAUAUUAGCAUUUGUGUGGAUUUGGCUGAAAAAUAAAAAGCAAAAAGUGUCUGAAACUGAGGAACUGACUUACACUGAUGUGAAAAUUUCAGCUCACAGUGCAGAGAGAGUUAAAGAGGAAGAAAACUCGAGAAUAACGCCUGUUGAAGCAGAGCCUGACUCAGUGGUGUAUUCACAUGUGAAGCGAUCCAUAUAAUUCAUCACAUCACAAUAUCCUUUUAAUUAUUUUACUGAGUUGUGCUGAGAAAUCCUGUAGGGUUGGGGCAUGUCUUCAGGCAUCAGUGUUUAAUAGUCUAUUAGUGUAAUAUUUGCAUGCUGUCAUUAUAUAAUCAUGACCAGCUAAAAACCAAGUGUCAGAAAGGCAAGCUCAUCAGAAAAUGUUUCAGGGUAUUUAUAACCGGAAGAGACCGAAGCUGCAGAGAGUUUGUAUUAUCAGUCAGAGAGAAUGCAGUGUUUGCAGUUUCUCCUGCAAUAAAAAUGGAAACAUGUAAA